GCGCACCUCGCCAGCCAAGAUGUUCUCCAAGCUUGCCGUGCUCGUACUCGCCGCCGUCCCUGCCGCCUUCAGCGUGUCAGUGCGCCAGACUGCGCCCUUUGUGAACCCCGUGGACGGGGGAGGGUCGAUGCUCAUCGACGCUGGCAAUGGCUUGGGAGAGCCGUUGAACGUCAUCAUCUCUGGACAGAGCUCGAAGUCUGUUCUCAACGAGGACGGCAUCAUCAACUACGCGAGGGCCAUCGGGUUCUCUACCGAAUGCUUCGGCAUCCACCUCGGAAACCCGUUCUCGGCUAACUUGGGCGAUGGCCACGGCGCCGUCAACCAAACGGUCGAGCUCCGUCAGGACUUUGGUGACUCAGACGUCGGAACCUGCUUGGAGAGUCUCAUCGGCGGGAACCACUUCAGGGUGUACUUCCAGAAUGGCCCGUCCGCUGAUACCGGCGCUGCGUUCCUUGCGGUCUCGGCGGAGAAGCCUGCGACGGACAACCACGACAUCGAGCCUGAUGGGUACGACGUCGGGCGUAACGGGCUUGUCAACGCUGCUGUGGGCACGACCGACUUCGGCGGCAUCACCUACAACACCGUCGCGGAGAACAUUACCGGGCUCCUGCCUGUUGGCUCUAACGGCGUGAACCACGGCAUCGCGAUCGACGGCAUCGUCACGGUUUUGACCGUCACCAUCGAAUGAGGGAUUUUGACACUUGUGGCUGCCUUCCAUACUUCUCGGUUCUGUUUAUGUUGCGCGUACGGUAUCCAGUCGCAAGCGCGAAGGGUGAUUGGUAUGAUGGCGGUCUCCGGCAUCGUUAUGAUUGCUGCUGUAUGUAUUUGUAGUAUACCCACAUUGUUCCGUAACAGGGCG